GUGACUUUAUGGCAGAACUCCUGCUGGAGGUGAAGAAGGCAAUUAUUUAAUAAUAGCAGCAUAUGAGAAUCAUUAUUUGAUAACAAAAAGCCUGUGAACAAGGUUAUUGCUGACAUGGAGACCCAAGUUCAUAAGCUGAGGGGAGAACUAAUUAAUGUGAACUCUCAGCGGAAACAGCAGCUGGUAGAACUAGGUCUUCUUCGAGAAGAAGAAAAGCAGAGGGCUGCAAGGGACCACGAGACCGCUGUCAACAAGUUGAAGGCUGAAUCAGAAAGGGUGAAAAUGGAGCUGAAAAGGACACAUGCCGCUGAGACUGAGAUGACCCUGGAGAAGGCCAACAGCAGACUGAAGCAGAUCGAGAAGGAAUACACUCAGAAGCUUUCCAAAUCUUCCCAGAUCAUAGCAGAGCUUCAGACAACCAUUUCCUCCCUGAAAGAGGAGAGCAGUCGGCAGCAGCUUGCUGCAGAAAGGCGGCUCCAGGAUGCUAUACAAAAGUUUGAAGAUGAGAAGCAGCAGCUGAUUAGAGAUAAUGACCAAGCAAUCAAGGCUUUACAAGAUGAACUAGAAACCCGCUGUAAUCAGGUGCGAAGUGCAGAAAAGAAGUUACAGCAUAAAGAACUAGAGGCACAGGAACAGAUAACAUACAUACGACAAGAAUAUGAAAUAAAACUCAAAGGGUUAAUGCCGGCAUCUCUAAGACAAGAACUUGAGGACACCAUUUCCUCCCUGAAGUCACAGGUCAACUUUCUACAAAAGAGGGCAUCCAUCCUUCAAGAAGAGCUGACCACCUACCAAGGCAGAAGGUAACUGCAUGGGAGAGCGUGACAGGUGAGAGUUUCUGGGCUGCACUGUGGACUUCAUCCAGCAGGUUUGAAGAUUUGGAUAUUGUGAACUGUGAGAUCAGUGGCUUUUUUUUUUUUUCAAUGCUUAACUGUAAUUAAGAUCAUAAAAACAUGUAUCAUCCAUA